CGUCUAUAUAUUUGCGAAAAUUUGAAAAUAAGGAAGUCAAUAAGCAUGACAUAGAAUGAAGUUAAUAAAUGAAGGCCUAAUUUACUAAUACACACAUACUGGGGCCCAUGGGAUCCAUUCGAUUCUGCAUUUUGGGCUCCCUACAAAUACCCCUUCCAUCACCAAGUAAUCCUCAUCAAAAAUUCUUGCUCACAACCAUCCUUGUCUUGGAUGCUGUUGUCUGCUUGAAUUUUCAAGCUACUAACGUUGAUAUGCCUGCGAGAAGGAGCCCUAAUCACAUUCCCUCGGAGUCGGAGGGCAUCGUCACCAUCCUCGCCGAAACCUGCAAGGCCGGAUCCAUACGCCGCACUCUCUCCGCCGACAUGUCCUCCAAGAAAUGGCUCCACCAAAACGGCUUCUUCUCCCCCAUCAAGAAGAUCGUCUCCUCCCAACAAAUCGCCCCUAAUCAAGACCAAGUCUGGAGCUCUAUCCAAGCCGACAAGGACACGAAUGAUCAGCCACCUCAAACCACCGGAGUUUGGGGAUUGAUUCUCACUCAAAAGAGCGACACUUCCCCGCCCUACAUCCCACCCAUGCUCAAGAGGAGCACCAGCAGCUUGAGCGACAAGAGCCUCGAGGUCUGCACCGAGAGCCUCGGCUCCGAGACUGGCUCCGACUGCUUCUCCUGCCCCACCGAUGCAGAUGAUCAAGACACAGACGACCAGAUCUUGUCGCAGAGAAACGAGGGCGACCCUUUUGCUGAUUUGCACGUCGUCAAGUACAAGAACUCGCCGCCGAGGCCCUUCCCUCCGCCGCUGCCCUCCAUCGCCGCCGGCGCCUCCCUGCAAAUGCAAUCCCACCGCCAGAAUGGGAGGCUGGUUCUCGAAGCCGUCUCCGUUGCUCCCAGAAACGUUUUCCACGCCCGCCGCCACGACGGCCGCCUUCUCCUCACCUUGGAGCAUGCUCCGGAAGCCGAGGAGGAGGAGGAGGAGGAGACGGCGGUGCAACUGAAAAGUGGUGGUGGAAAAGAAGAAUCUUUGGUGGAGAAGAAUCUGUCUUUGCCAAGUGGGAUGAUAAGUGUGCAUAAAUCAGGGCUAGUGAUGAAAAAGCUUAUGGCGGUAGGGAAUAUUAACCCCAAAUGGGCCAAUGACGUGGCCGCGCGCGACGGCGGGGAGAUUUCCCCGCAGUCGCUGCCGCCGCGGCCGCGGGCCGGGCGGCUGUCCUUCAACGACUACGAGUACUUCUGGCGGAGCGAGCCCGGGUUCAUGAUCAGCAGGAGUGUGCAGGAACCGAACCGAACCGAGAAAACCGAGCGAAUCAGCAGCAAGAUGAAUCAAGAAUUGGUGAUGUACAUGAGGGGUUGCAAAGAGAAGAGGAGAUCGCUUAUUUGGGAGAAGCCAUACUGCAUAGCAACUUCUUGAUAUUGUUCCAAGAGAAAAUAAUGAUUUUUAAUUAAUUACCAACAAAAGACAAAAAAUUGUUGAUUUAACCAAUUAAUAUUGUUCAUCUCCCACUCCUAGUGCCUGGCCCUGCCCUGUUGUUCCGAAAAGAUUUGUGUAGCCAGAAAUAAGCCUUAAUGGGAGUGAGAAAAAUACUCUUUUUUCCA